ACUGUCUGGGAUGAGAACAGUCAAAUCGUAAUGGCGACUGCUGAAGCAGCAGACUGUGGAUCAACAGCCCCGACAGGGACCAGUGGCAUCCGAAGAAUGGCCCCUUCAGAGCUGCCGGGUUCUUCAGGCACAACUCAGAGUAUGAAGAAGACCAUCGGACACCGGGGGGUUGAGACCACCACAGGAGAGACCACCUAUAAAAAGACCACGUCAUCGGCCCUAAAAGGUGCCAUCCAGUUGGGCAUCACUCACACAGUUGGCAGCUUAAGCCAAAAGGCGGAGAGGGACGUUCUCAUGCAGGACUUCGUGGUGGUCGAAAGCAUCUUCUUCCCCAGUGAAGGCAGUAACCUGACUCCUGCUCACCACUACAGUGACUUUCGCUUUAAGACCUACGCUCCUAUUGCCUUUCGUUACUUCAGAGAGCUCUUUGGCAUUCGGCCAGAUGACUACCUGUAUUCUCUGUGUAACGAGCCACUGAUCGAGUUGUCUAACCCCGGAGCCAGCGGGUCCCUCUUCUAUGUCUCCAGUGAUGACGAGUUCAUCAUCAAGACUGUUCAACACAAAGAGGCAGAGUUCCUCCAGAAACUCCUGCCGGGAUACUUCAUGAACAUAAACCAAAACAAGCGCACCCUGCUGCCCAAGUUUUACGGACUGUAUUGCGUUCAGGCAGGAGGCAAGAAUAUCCGCAUCGUAGUGAUGAACAAUCUUCUGCCUCGGAACAUCCCCAUGCACCUCAAAUACGACCUGAAGGGCUCCACCUAUAAGAGACGAGCUUCCCUUAAGGAGAGGGAAAAGGCUGUUCCCAUUCACAAAGACCUGGACUUUAUCCAGGACUUGCCUGACGGUCUGCUGCUGGAAGCAGACAACUACAAUGCCCUGUGCAAGACGAUUCAGAGGGACUGUUUGCUCUUGCAGAGUUUCAAGAUCAUGGAUUACAGUCUGUUGAUGAGCAUCCACAACAUGGACCAAGCCAGUCGAGAGCGAGAACGUAGCGGCGGAAACUCGGGUGACAGUGGGGGGUCGGAGGGAGCAGUGACCCCAGAUCAGCGCCGGCCACAAAUUCAGAAAAGUCUGUACUGUACAGCCAUGGAGUCCAUUCAGGGGGAGGCUCGAGGGAAGGGAGCUUUGGAUUCAGAAGAUCACAUGGGCGGUAUUCCAUCCCGUAAUACUAAAGGAGAGAGGCUGCUGAUCUACAUCGGCAUCAUUGACAUUCUCCAGUCCUACAGGUUUAUUAAGAAGUUGGAGCACUCCUGGAAGGCCUUGGUCCAUGAUGGGGACACAGUUUCAGUUCACAGACCUGGCUUCUAUGCAGAUCGUUUCCAGCAAUUCAUGUGCAACACGGCGUUCAAGAAAAUUCCAUUAAAACCAUCUCCAUCUAAGAAGAGUCGUGGCGGAGGUCAGGGAGGUCUUAGGAGGGCCCCCACCCUGGGAGCUCCCACCCCGCUCUCCCACUCAACAGGACAGUCAGCUGUUGACGGCAAACUAGUCUACCACAGCCACUUUAAAAGCACAGAUUCAGAGGCAGACAGUGGUGUGCAGUUGGGCAGACCAGAUCUUGUUCCGAGGACCCCUCCGCUGGGAGAAAACCCUUCUGACUAUGAGGCCAACCUGUCCACCUCGUCACUAGGCAGCACAGGAGUCGCCUCCACCUCUCCUCCCCUACGGUCUGUAGGGGUGGAGGUGCACAAAUCGGCAAACACAGAGCUUGACCAUCAAAGUCUGGAGGCAGAAGGGGCGGUCGAUAAUUCGGGCAACCUGUCUGGAAACGAAGAUGCAAUUUCACUCUCUGACAUCAUCCCUGAGACCAACAUCAGUUUUUAAAAAAUAGAUAUUUGAAGACGAGACGUUUCUGGACGAGCCGAGGUGGGCGGAAGUAAGGGUAAAGAGAGUGAAAGUCACCCAUCCACCACGGACCCCCCAUUGCUAAAUAGUCGAGGGGAAGAUCAAGAAGAAGAUGAUAUGCGGAAGGCUUUUGCUUUCCCAGCCAUCGACAUCCCGAAGCCCAACUGUCUUUAUAUACACCUGGACGGAAAGAAAAGACUAAUGGCCCUGAAUUUGCAGCUCUUCUCUUAUCUCAAAAAAACAUUUUACUUCACGUUCACAAAAUGAAGGAUGCUUCAAUGACAUAAUACACAAAAUAAUUAGUUGUAUAUUGUUAAAAGCCCAAGCCCCAUUCCCCAGUGGAUGGUGAAGGCAGUCAAGUUAUCCACAAAGAGACGUCAUUGUGUUUCGCUGCAUGAAGCGAUUGGGAAACCACACAGACGGCGUUUCAGCGGGAACGCACCCCCUGAAGAGCACAUAAAGGGGAUUGCCUGCAUUUGUAGGAGUGAAUAUUUGCCUCUGUGUUCAUGCGGAGUCUAAGUGGGUUCACGCUGAAGUGUUCCCGUCACCGCACUUCCAUUUCCCCCCUCGUCACUCAUGAGCAGGGGCGCUCUGAGCGGUCCUCGUUCAAAUCAACACUUGCUGCUGUUGACUCUGCAAUCGUGUAUGCAUUUCUUCUUACUGAUUGUGGAUGAACAGUAUUUGUUUGGAAUUUGAUUUUGAAAACAGCGGAGGAAUGGGUUCAACCAGACCUAUACGGCCAUUUUGUUUCAUGUUCUAAGUUAUUCUGCUGGAAGCCACAGUGGUGCUGCAAAAGAUCCAGCUGGAUCUUGCCACUGCUGAAUGUACACUACAAUGUUUUUCUUAUAUAGAAUGUGUCUUAUUAACAUAGCAGACCACAUUUAUACAACCUGGAAAAUCUCCCCCUCUGAUGUGACCAUAUGUGCUAUAAAUGUAUACAGAGAGAAGAGCUGUCGGCAGCAUUGCCGGCCAGUAGAUGCUGUUAAAUGAAGUCAUGGUAUUAAGCUCGUAGAAUAUUAACACUUUCCAGCUACUGUCAUUCGUCUGUCAUGUCCGUGCCUUUUACAUUUUUGUCCCUUCCCUAACAUGUGACGUAUAACUGACAUUUUGUAUAGGUUAGUGUUGUGGUCACACAGAGAAACCUGCCUUAUCACUACAGCUGAAGUGGUCAAACUGCCAUUUGUAUGUCUGGACCAACAGUCAGGGUCUAAAAAGAAUUUCAGAUUUGAAUACAACACAUUUUGGUUAUGUGUAUGCCGAGUGCUCAGUCGCUGUGUUUCAUCAGCUCAGAUAAUCCUGUUAACUCUCCGGAUGUCGGACAGUAAGGAUGUCUUAUCUCUUCAUUAGUCAUUUCUGCUGGUUACAGAAGUGACUUCCCGCCCACAUCUGCUCUUGGACCAAUUAAUAACCAUGUGUAUAACUAAUAUUUGUACUUUUUUUUUGUAUGUAGUCUCUCAGCUUUUACUUGGCUGUUCAUAACAAUUGUGCUUUGUUUUCACAAAAUGUUGUUUGUGUUUAUGAUGUGGUUAUUUAAGGCACUAAACAAGCUGCAGAAAGUUUUUUACCCCACAAGGUAUUUCUAAUACAGAAAUUCAAAUCACUACAAAGUGACUGUAGCAACACUCGAGAUCUUAGACAUCAUCUCAUUUAAGGUAUUACUAUUUAUGUGUUGGAGGCACAUUUGGUCUAUGCAGCAGAGAGGGAGAAGGGGAAAUGUGAGUUGUGAAUAUAGAAGAAAGGAAAAACUACUCGUGUUAAGUUGAGGAUUUAGGACUGAGUCUUUUGUAUCAUAAGCCAGUCGUGGCACCAAAGAAGAGAGUGGGGAGUUCCUGUGAUUGUUCAGGAUCCAGUGCAGUUGACAUGAAAAUUAAAUCAGACACUCCUUGAUACCUGCUUGGACUGAUACGUUGUACAUGGUAAUAACACUGGGUUGACCUGUGUUUUUAAGGAUUUAUUUUUAAACUGGAUGUUUGUCUGUUUUUGCUACAUCAUUUCUCGUCUGAUAAGCUGUAUCUGACAUCAAUUUAUUGUUUCUUUAUAGAAGAAUCCGUUUACUUUUUGGCCUGAGACGUUUCAAGAUUUAACUCCACAUUCCUGUGAAAUUCAGUUUAAAUUGACUACAGUUGUGGUUUCCCUUUGUGUAAUUAGGAUCAUGUACUUGAAAUGUGUUGUUUCUGAUAAUAUGCUGAAGUGUAAUAUGUUGAUUAUUUCAAACAGGUCAAUUUAAAGUUGUAUUUAGUUGGUUGAGAGUCAAACGGCCACCAAAGAAAAAAACUCCAGGAAAUUUGUUGUCAUUAGAAAAAUCCAGAUUAUGUUUUGUGUCCCCUUGUUUUUGAGGUUUUAUGUAGUUUUCUUUUGUUUGAUGGGUGGUACUAAGUAAUUGCCGGAUGCAGACCAGUUCUGUCGCAGUUGUUGUGUACUUCACCAUGGCACAAUAGAAACAUCCUACGGUGCUUAGAGGGCGGUGCAGUCAGUGCGGACACUACAAGAUAUUUGAAGUAAUGCAAUAUAUAUACAAACCACAAACUCUGCCACAGUUCAGUUCUAAGAAGUAUAUUUAUUAAUAUGAUUGCUGCAGGCUGGAAUGAUAAAAGUUAUAUUAUGUACCUUUUAGAUGAUUGUAACUUUACUGUAUACUGACAGAAUGUCUGAAACUUUAUAGCGUGUAUUGCCUAUGAAGGGAGACUAUUGACAAUUUCACUUUUUAUAUUUGAAGGUUCAGAUUGUAAUAUGGAUAUAUUCGCUCCACCAUGAUUCUGGGUUCUUAAUCUCCCAAACUUUUUCUACAUGAAUGUUUCUCAAGGCUUACAAGCCAACAUUGCUGGUUGUCCUAUAAUGCUUCAAUUACUAUAUUUUUACUGUGUAUAAAAUGUGUAUAUGUACAUAGGAGUCACGGAAAUGCCUUCUCAUGCAAUAUGUGCUGCCUGUCCCUCCUGCCAUGUUUCAGUUAUGUGGUGGUGAUGUUUUCAUGUUUGAUUUUAAAGGAUUAAACAUAUUUUCUAAAUCUC